GUGAACAAGUUGUUUUCAACUUAUCAAGCAAAGAACAUUUCCUUCCUGAGCAGGUCUGCACCAAACAAUAGAGAGGCUAACAGCAUCUGGGUAAUACAGGGUGGCAUCUGAGUUAUCGGAGAGCAUUUUAUACACACAGCAGAGUCACUAGAUAAAUAAAUGGUAUUGAAAUCACUUUAGCAAAAUCCAACUGAAGGUCUGCAAGUCCACUUUAAUCUAUAGCUUCUGAACUGUUUACCUCUGGUGAAGGGAACCCAUUUGUCUUUAAAUUCUUCUAGGAAACUAUGCUGAGCAAAUUGGUCCAAAUAGUCAAAUGUGCAUGUUAUUUCUUUGAAGGGGAAAGACCAAUCAAAGCAUAACUAUGAAAUUUUAUCUCGUGGCAACUGAGCAGCCUGAAUGUCUGGGCAGCUUUGUUGUGCUAUAUGGUUAACAACCAGGUCAUUAGAUAACUCACGAAACUCUCCUCCAGCAGCCCAGCUCUUCUGGGGUUAACUCUUGCUGUGGGGCUAGGAUGAGGAAAACAGAUCAUCCUAAGACACAGCCCCUCACAAACCCUUCACUCCACACCUGAGCUCCUGCUCCUGGCAAGAGAAACCUGAGGAAGACAGCCCUGGCAACAGAAAGCGGUUCUUCUUGCCAGGGGCUACUUCUGAUUGCAAGCUGUGAGCAUCAAGCUAGAAAGCAGUGCUGAGAGUCAGAACCAGGAACAAAUGAUACUAGGAAAUGAGAAGCCAAGGGAAAGUAUCUUACUUUCCUCCCCUCAAAAAAACACAUCUUUUCUUCUGGAUGGGUGAGUUUCAAAAUUUUCAACCCUUCGACUAUUUGAAUAGAGCAAGAGUCUCACCUAUUUACCAGAUUAAAUAAACAAGUAAGAAAAGAAAAUGUUUUGUUGAAUCCCCUCUGAUUAUUCAUAACUCCUUUCACGAAUGUUUGUUUCGGUGCUUUUAAAUUUUGACUCAAAUCCGCAGUGGAAAAUAUGUUUCAAGGGAAAAAAAAGCGAACAAAACCACCCAACACACUUGUGUGCAUUGCAUUUUGACCCAGCCCACGGAACGAUCAGAAGAAUCUCCAUAAACCAAGAGAUCCCUGGAUUCCAUUCGAAGAACCAUCAAUCUAAACACUACAUCUUGAUUUCAGAAACUUUCCUUUAAUUUGGAAUUAUCUGUUAUUGACCACAGACAGCGGCUACUGACGAUUUCCUGGAACGGGCCAGUAGAGUGAGAGGCCUCUUGGGAUGGAUAUCACCCGCCUACUUCUGGCCACCCUACUGGUCUUCCUAUGCAUCCUCGCUGCUUACAGUCAUCUGGCACCUGAGGAGGAGCCCAGAGAUGACGGGAGCCUAAGGAGCAACUCCUCAAUGAAAGUACUGGAUAUCCCUUCUGUCUCUAUUGUGGCACUGAACAAGAAAUCCCAAAAGAUCAGCAGAACAGAAGCAGAAAAGAGGACAAGAUCUUCCAAGGCCGAGACGAUAAGCACGGCAGGCAUGGCCAGUUCCAGCAGCCCGGCAUUUCCCCUACAGAAAAAGGCUCCGAUGAAGAAGGUAGCGCGGCCCCGGCCCCCUCCGCCCACACCCUGCGUGGCCACCCGCGACAGCUGCAAGUCGCCGUCGCCACCCUGCUGCGACCCGUGCGCCUCCUGCGUGUGCCGCUUCUUCGGCAGCGUCUGCUCCUGUCGCGUACUCAACCGCAACUGCUGAGAGCGUCCACUCGCGGCUGCAGGAGGGGAAGGGCGGGGCCUCCGGGGCGUGGAUUGGGUGGGGCUUCCGGGAGUGGGGGGGCUUCAAGGGCGGGGCACUCUAAUAAAGUGUAUCCUUCUGGGACUAGUGUGGGCGUAGCUGUUGGGAUUGGGCCAGGGUUGUCAGGGGGCGGGACUUCACGCUAAAAUCUGAAUAUAGCUUUUGUCGGCUGCUCGAA